GUUCAACUGCUGUUUGGUUUAGUUUGUGAAGUCAACUCAAGACUUAACUAUGAAACUGUUUAUCGCUCUCACUGUCCUAGUGGCAGUUGCCUCGGCGGCACCUCAAUUUGGUGGUGGUGGUUUCGGUGGUGCUAAUGCCGCUGCCAGUGCUUCUGCUAACGCCCAAGCUUCAGGUGGUGGAUUCGGAGGCGGCGGACGUCCUGGUGGAUUCGGUGGCGGUCCUGGCUUUGGAGGUGGCGGAUUUGGAGGUCGUCCUGGUGGAUUCGGAGGUGGCGGUCGCGGUGGUGGAUUCGGAGGUGGUCCCGGCUUCGGAGGUGGCGGAUUUGGAGGUGGUCCCGGCUUCGGAGGUGGCGGAUUUGGAGGUCGUCCUGGAUUCGGAGGUGGCGGCGGUGGAUUUGGUGGCGCCUCUGCUAACGCAAAUGCGAAUGCAAAUGCCAAUGCUGGUGGAUUUGGCCGUUAAUAAUCUGAUGAAUCCUCAAGCUUUUUAAGUAUCAAUAAACCCCAAUAGUUAAAUAAUUUGGCAAACUCUUUGUGUAUCAAAAGAUAAAAAUAAAUAAAUUGUAUAUAAAAUAAAAA